AUCUAAUAUAACAUAUAAAUCUAAUAUUAAUACUACAAAAUUCGUUUUUGAUUAUAAAUAACUUAUAUAUAAAAAUUCAUUAAGGGUAGUAUAGAUAUUAACCACUAUAACUUUUAACGUGAGAGCUCGAUUCCAAAAAUUUACUUCGCAAAUAAUAGUAUAGAUUACUUCAUUUAUCACCGAAAUCCACAAUUUUGAGGACUUUUGAGUCGAGAAGAAGAGGAAAAUGUUUCAUUUCUUUUCAGAAACAUGAUUAGCGACAAAACUGUUUGGAUAAUGAUAGAUAUUCACGUAUCCAUUAUCUAAAUAAUUUAAUUUAUGUGGUUUGUAUGUAUAUAUAGUUGAUAAGUUGGAGAACUUUGGACAAAGGGAAGUGGAAGGUUUGUACUAGAAAGCACUAUUAUUGGCGAUAUAGAAGGCCUUUGAUGAGCCACAAAAGUCAUAUGAACUUAUCUUUAUGUCAUUUAUGGUUCCAUAUAGUCAGGUAUAUUCCUCCUUUUUCUUUGUUGAUUUUUGUUUUGUUGAUUCCCUAUUUAUCUUCAUAAGUUGCAUUGUUUUUUUUUUCAAAGAGUAUCCCAGACCUAUGGAAGAGUCCAAAUUAAACUAAUAUUCAAGGGGAGGUGCAUUGUUUAUUUUUGAAAUAUUCUUAAUGAUCUUUCUUUGAUUUUAGUGGAUGUUAUUUUGUUACUUCAUAGAUGUUAUUUUCUUUUCAAACACACAAAAUAUAUUUUUGGAAGACGAUGAAAGCUUAAUGAUAAUGAAAAGCAAAAAAUUUAAGGGAAAAGUAAGUUUAAACAAAACAAUCCAUUUUUUCUGUAUUCUAUCACUUCCAAAAAUUAAUGUGCAUAUACGUCCAAUUUAUGAUUGUAAGUUUUUUGUUAAACAAUGUAGAUUAGAUCGUAAGAAUUUAAUACUGAAACCCUAUGAAUGUUGACAUUUUUAAUUACUUUUUCUCGCAUCUCAAUUCUCACAUAGUUAAAGUCAAGGAAAUGGAUGUCGGAUUUAAAGUAAAUAUUGUGUUUUUUAUUUUUAUAAGCUAGGGAAAAUGUUAUUGACAGAAGAUAUUAUCAUCACAUCAUAGAGUGUCCCCAUUUUCUUUAAUGAUGAUAUAUCAAAAACUUUAUAGAGUACAUCCAACCUAACCAAGCCAUGGUAUAACACAAACUUAUUAUAGAGUACAGACACGCACACAUCCACAUAUAUGCAUACAACAUAUAUCAUUUACCUGUACGUUUUGACACCUGUACAGUAUGUAUAUAUAUGCAUACAACAUAUAUCAUUUACCUAUACAUUUUUGACACAUGUACAACAUAUAUAUAUAUAUAUAUAUAUGCAAUUAAAUUAGCAAACAUAUAUAGUUUGUUAUGUCUUUUCCCAUUUCGACAUAGUGUGACAUCAAACUUUUUAAGAACACUAAAUUCCAAUUAGAACACGUUUAAUAAUCAUCCAAACAAAAGUAAAACCAUCCGUCAUUUUCAAGGUUUAUUCUAUGAAUUAGUACAUGUUUUCAGAGAAUUAUCUGUUUUUUUGGCAAAAAAAAGAACUAUAUAUCUGGUUUUAAUUUGUUAUCUGAAUUAUUAGUUUAUUAGAAAAAAAAUAAUUUAUUUUAAUUAAACUAUACUUGUACCCUGGUAUAUAGAAAAAAAAAACUAAAAGGAGUAUAUUAAUCAUAAUCUAUUUUGGAUAUGUAUAGUAGUGGUCUCAAGAUUCUUUCGUCUUUUUUUUUUAUUGAGCAAGGUCUCUAGCUGUAUAUACGCUUCAUUAUGUUAACAAUAUUAUAUCGAUCCGAUCUAAUUUAAACUUUACAUAAACCAUAUUAAGAUAUGACGUCUUAUGACAAUUCAUACAUGAUACAUACUAGAUCACUGAUAUGGACACCAAGUUCUUUGAAUAUUUGAAGUUUUAGUAUCAUAGUUACUUUUAUUCUAUAACACUUCGCACAUAAAGUGGCUUCGAUUUUUUUCAGAGGUUAAAAUAUUGAAAAAACAUAAUUUCUUUUACAAACUAAUAUGUCUAUGCUUUUAUUUACAGUUUAAAUAUGUUUCUAUAAAAAUAUUAAGAUUCUCUUGUAACUGAUCUCACAUAAUUCUGAUCAAUAUGUUGUCUCCAGAUUACUAAGUUAUUUUGUUUCUUAAAAAUAACAAGAAUAUGAAAAUUUGGUGUUGUCAAAUCUCCUCAACUUAAGCGUGAAAGUAGGAACAUAGGCUAUAACUCUAUCUUCUCGCUAUCCCUAAAGCUGUACAUCAACUUCUUAUUCACCCAUUAAGUUUGUCGCGAUAAUGUGCUAUAUUCUCAUUAAUUCAAAUAUCUGAGGUAAAAAUAAAAUAUUUUCUCUUUAUUCCUGUUAACUAAUAUGACAUAACCAGCUUAAAUAAUCGCGAUCUAUAUUUAAGAGGUGGUUGUAAUCGAAAUAUUAAAUUGUGUUUGCAAAUUAAUAUUUUCAACCGAUUUAUUCAGCCAAACAAAAAAAAGUUUGACCCAAUUUUACAUUUAAAAAUAAUUGAACAAAUUUUUGACAUGUAUUAUUAUAUCUAUACUAUUAAAAGGGAAGCAUUCUUAAAAAAUCUAUUUAUGCAAGGUUGUUUGGACCUAUUAGUUAGACUAACACUAUAUAAUUUAACUUAUUUUUAAACCAAAGUAAUAUUUCAUACAUCAACUCAUAAUUUUUUUAAUGUACAAAAAGAGAUAUUGUAACUAACAAUGAUAUUUUACCUAAAGAUUUUAUUAUCAUUUUCUUAAUACAGAAAAUAACUUAAGAAAAUAGUCAUAACAAACGAAUUAAUAUUAAUGUACAUAUUUUUAAAUAUUAAUGUCCCAUUUUAAAUUGAACUAGGUCUGAUUUAACUCAAAUUCGGUUUUUAACACAACUCAUAACCAGUUAGAAGAGCGAGUCAGGAUCCGACUGGUUCGAUCAUACGGUCCGAUCAGAUUUUCAAAACAUUGGUUAAUACAGUUCAAUAAUUAAAAUAAAUAUAUUUUUAGUAAUGAAUAUCUUUACUACUAAAAACAUACAUAUCAUCUUUAAAUCUAUUUCAAACAAAUCUCACACUAUAAAAAAUAAUGAAUAAUAAAAAUAUUAAAAGUCAAUAGUUAUAAUGUGAAACAAAAAAAUUAUACUAGAUUUAAAAUUUAUUAAAGAUUAAAAACCUCAAAUCCGCGCUUAUUAAGCGCGGGUCAAAAUCUAGUUGUCUCUUUGAAGUUGUGUGAGCACUAGUCUAAACAAAAUUUAGCUCACGAUUUCUUAUAAUCUUAUAGAAAUUUUAUUUUAUUUUGUCAUCCCAAACGAUAAAAAUCAAACAAAGUUUUAAGAAAAUGGAAGGAAGAAGUCAUAAUUGAAUUUUCACACGAAGAAAAUGGAGACAAACACACAUCAUUUUGCAGAAUAUAUAUAUUUUUUUUGAAUAAUUUUUUUUGCGGAAUACAUUGCAUGUAAGAAAAUUUCCCAAGUGAAUUAUAAUCUAAAGGAGCAUUGACUCUCUUUGCUAUAUAUAGUAAAUUAUUCAUUAUCAUCUCAAGAACCAAAGCGAAAAAAGAUGGUACACAAAUAAAGUUAGAAUUUUGUACUUUAGAGAGUGAUAAUGAGUGACUGAGAUUUGUAACCAACGAAAUUGGGAGCAUAAGGUAGCUAAUAUAACACAUAAUGAAAGCACUCACGAAAAGAAAAAUCAGUGUCCACUUUUGCAAGAAAAAAAGAUUCAAAGACUAACCGAAGAUUGAAACUUUGAUUUUGAGUCUCAUUAUAAACAACUUAAAUUGAUUCACAAAAUAAAAAAAAUUAAAAAAAAACUAAAACUGUGAUAUGAUAUAUGUUGCUGUCUUCCUCAUGGGCUAUGAGAAAGAAAAUUUGAAAGCAACCUUAGAAGAAGCCAGCGAGUCCUUCCAUUAUAGCCAUGUGGUCCUCCUGAUAAUGGCAGGUUAGAGAGAGAGAAAGAGAGAGGGAGAAAGAAGAGAGAGCAUGGGGUGCUGGAAAAUUAGGUAUGAUGAGAAGGCGGCAUGUAUAAAUGGAAAGAGUGAACAACAAUGGAUGACCAAAGAGAGAUUUUAUUUACAAUGAGAGUGUUUCAUCUUUGCACGUAACUCUCAAGUCUGUGAUGUUCCAGCGGUGUAUAUGUAUACGUGCAUAUAUCAUGUAUUUGUAUAAGCCUACGUAUUUAUAUAGUGCCCUAGCGAGUAAGUAUAGCUUCCAAGCUGUUGUUUUAAUUGUCAACCUCGAGCUUGAUUACAAACUUUUUUUUUCUUUUUGUUAUCAGUCCUGUAAUCUGUUUAAUAUAUAGAUCAAUCAUUAUAUAUUUGUUUAUGAGGGUAUGAAUGCCUCUCCAGCUCUCCUUCCCCGUAACUAAUAAUUCCCCAAGAUUUGUAGUACUAUCGUGUCAUAAUAGCGUUCUAAAAUAAAUAAUUCGUGUAUAAUUCAUCUGUGUGACAUAGAUAAUACCAAAAGAAAAGUUAACACCUCGCCAAUUCACUAUAUAACUCAACUUUAAAUGAUUAAACAAAAAAAAAACUCAACUUUAAAUGUUAGAUUGACACAUUAACUCUAAUAUUCUCUUUUUUCUGUAUAUACAAUAUAUACAUACUAAAUGUUUCAUAUUUAAAAGCUUACAAGAUAAGCACGAGAGAGAAAGAGGUUCUCUUUUUACCGAAAGCGACAUGUAUGAGAGAGGAUGUGUUUGAGAGAGUCAAAAGAAAAUAAAAGAUUGGUCGCUCACACUGAACAAAGAGCCAAAGCUUUUUUAUUUUCUUCCGAAAAUUAUUGCAGCUUCUCUUUUUUAGGGCUUCACACUACCACGUGCUGUCCUCCAAUUUGUAAACGAAACUUCAUAAUUCGAACUCUCCAAUUGGACCAGUGAUCAUGAUCAUUAUUUUUUCUUACAAAUAUAACAUUAAUCUUUGAAAUAAAAUUUAAUAUCAUAAUUUAAUAUUACUUUAUAAACAAAUUGGUUCAUUUUAUAAAUCAAGUAUUAUAAGGUUUUGAGAUUUAAAAAUAUAGUUUUUUGUUCCCUCUUCUCUUUUAAUAGUGAAAAUUAAACUGACUUGAUAAACAUGUAAUAAAAUUACUCUAACCUUCUAGACCAAUUUACUUUCACCUUGUUGAUGAAAAUUAUUAUUUUAGAAUGGAUGGUUUCUUGAUGAAAGGCAAUUUAAAUUCAAGUUUUAAUCUUGUCUCUAAGCCUCCUUGUCACGAAAAUUAAGUGAAUGCGUUGUUGUAAUUUUGUACUGUUGUUUGCACUUUAUUGGUUAGUUGAGUUAGUUGCUGAAACAUAUUACUUCCUCUGUUUUACAAAGAUGGCAUUUUUAAUAUUUUCACACAUAUUAAAAAAAAUACAUUAAACUAUCAUAAUAAAUGUAUCGUUUUCUGUAAUUUUUAAUUUUUAAUAAAUUUUAACCAAUAUUAAUUCAAUAAAGUCAAUUAAUUUUCUUAAAAUUUACAAUUUUUUUAUUGAAAACACAAAAAAUACAUUUGUCUGAAACAAACUUUUUUUCUAAAAAAUAUAUCAUUAAGGUACGGAGGGAGUACCAUUUUAUUUUGUUAAUGAAAUAUGUGUAUUAUUGACCCAUACUAUAAAAAUUGUUUUUAUCAUUUUAAUCUACCAUUUAAUCUCUCACCCUUCCAGCGUAGAUAUUCAUCGGUACAGUAUUUGUGAGUUAUAUGAACUGUAGUUACUAAAAAAGACCAUUUUAAUGAAGUAACUUUGCAAAUUUUCAUGUGUACUUGUGUAGUUAGAGAGAUCCUUACCUCUCUUUUAUUUUUCUUGUCUUGCAAAUGCUACGUCAAAACAACGGAAACUUUUUCAAUGCUUUCGUCAUUUUUUGCCAUUUGAACUCAAUUGGAUUCCAAUAAAUGGACGCAAGCAAAAGGGGCUGCCCUUUUAGAAAAAAACUGUUUGAUUUAUCUAUUAUAGUUGCAAACCUUUAUAGAACACUAUGUUGCUUCAUCAUUUGUUUCGAAUGAUUGUAGAAAUACCACAUUAAAAAUGGGGACCCUUAAAAAUGUUUACUCAGAUGUUUAAAAAAAUGUUUACUCAGCGUGUAUAGUGAAUCGAGCAAUUGAAUCCUUUAAAAUCUGGGGUUAUUGAUUAUAAUAUUUAUAAAUACUAAUCAAUAUCCAAAACUAUUUCAAUAGUUAUUUAAGACAUUACUAUUCUAAUGAUUUCAAGGUAUUUCAAAGAAUAUUUAAAAGUAAAACUACACGAUAUGAUAUAAUACGUUUCAAGAAAAAAAAAAGCCGUAUAAAGUGAUACUUUUAAAAAAUAUAGCAGAUUAUUAAAGCUGCUCUAAAUUUACAAUAAUAAUCAAAACUCAACCUUAUUGUAUUCGACUUUACCAAAACUCAAUCAUUUAAAAUAUUUUGUUAAGUACACAAUUCAACAAUUUCAACUAUACAUAUAUAUAUAUAUAUAAAGAAUUUCUAAUGUUGGAAUGCAAGAACUUUAAAUUCUACUAUAAUUUUUCCUCAUUUAAAAAAAAAAAUACUUUCCAAAUUUCCAUUUUUUGCAGUUUAAAAAAAUACAUUUUUGCAUACUUGUUGAACUUUAUUUAUUUUAUUUAUUGUGUAUCCAAAUUUUCUAAUUCUCAUAUUCAUAAUAUGCAAAAACUUCUAUCUAAUUUUUUGUUAGCUUUUAUUCUUAUUGAAACUAAAUCUCAUUUCCUUCUAUUUAUUAUUAUGGUAUCUUUAUCUUUUACUUACUAAAAUAUGUUAGAUUAUAUCAUUAAGUUGAUAUAAUGUUUCUAAGUAUAUAAAAUAGUCAUGUUAAUUUUCUUCAUAAAUAUAGAUCGUUCCAAUUAAAGUAUAUAAUUAUCAGAUAUAUGCUUUGUCGACAAAUACACAAUUUACUCAAAAUAUAAGAUAUCCUAUGAAUUCACUAAAAGUUACCAUCUGAUAAUUAUAGCUAAAAAUAAGUUUAAUAGCAUAAAUAAUUAUAUUAUGUGAUAAAUAGCCCUACAGUGAAAUGUAUAUUCUAAAUUUACUAUUGUUAGGCAUAUUUAAAAUUCACAUUCAAUUAUAUAUAUAUAUAUAAUCUUAGUUAAUUUCUUGAUAGGUAUCAACAAUUUUAUAUCUACCAAAGAAUUCUUGAGUUUUCAUCUAAAUUUUUAGUAAUGAAAUAUCUCAACGAAAUCUAAGAACAUACUUGGUUAAAAAAAAUGUAAGCACAUAAACAAAGAUAAGGUCCUGCACUUAAAACAAUCCUUUUGGAACCAAAUAAAACGGAAACCUAUUAUCACAUUUUCACGAAAACAAAAUAAUGUAUAUUUCAUGCUAAAAAGAACUUAAAGAAGAAAUUAAGCAAAUAGAUUAAAAAAAAAUUCCUCUUCAAAAGCGUACCCUCCAAAUGGAUGUUGUUCCUUCCCCAUUUUCAUAUCUAUAGGUCUCUUUCUCUCUCUCCUCCCUUUCUCUCUAUCCAUUCUAAUUCACAGCACAUAGACUCAUUUAAGUACCUUGCCUGUGUUGUCUUUCUCAACCAUUAGUCCUUUACUUCAAUAAAGGUACUCUCUUUCUCUCACUCUAUACAUUUAGAUUCAAACAUAGAUUCUCUUGAACAAAGACAUAUUGUACUAAUCACUAUUGCUGUUCUUUCUUUCAUUUUCUUGAUUUUGCAGGCUUAGGAAGAAAAAUAUUUUUUUCCUUUCCAUAAUAUUGAUUGUCUUCGUCAGUGUAACAGUAAUCUUUUCUUUGAUUUUAUUCUUUCUCUCAUUUUCGUCUCUUUUUCUUGAGUGUGAAGAAGAUUUUGGUACAAGUGUCCUUCUCAAAAAAUUGUUUUAGGAGUUUUUAAUUUAAUUUUGUUGCUUCAAAACCCCAAAAAGACAUGAACAACAGGUCUUUCAGUACUACCACCACCAUCAGUGAAGACUACAUGUUAUUCCCUUAUAAUGACCAUUAUUCCUCACAACCACUACUCCCUUUUAACCCUUGUUCUUCCAUCAAUGACAUCUUGAUUCACUCCAACUCCAACAUAUCAAGCAAUCCUCUUGACCAUCAUUAUCAAUUCUUACAAGCACCUUCUUCUUUUUCUCAAUUCGAAUUCGUCCCGGAUUUUGCCCUCGUCGCCUCUUUCCUCCCACAAAACAAUGGCCAUAAUGAUAACCAAACCAUCACCACCAAUGACCAUAAUAAUAAUCAUCAUCAUCAUCAUCCAUCACUUCUUCCCUUGAACAACCCUAUUGGAGAAUCUCUCGUUGAGCCCUUGGAGACGAUAGCCACUCACAUAGAAGAUUCCCAGAGAAUCUCAACUUCCCAAGACCCAAAAAUGAAUAAAGUCAAGAAACCAAGCAGAACGGAUCGGCACAGCAAGAUCAAAACGGCUAAAGGGACAAGAGAUCGUAGGAUGAGGCUCUCGCUAGAUGUCGCCAAAGAGUUGUUCGGCUUACAAGACAUGCUUGGAUUCGACAAAGCCAGCAAAACCGUUGAAUGGUUGCUCACACAAGCCAAACCCGAGAUCAUAAAGAUCACGAGCAGCCUUUCUAACCCGUUAAACCAUGGCGGCUUCAGCAGCUGCGAGGAGUCUCAAACCCGACCGGCGUUAGGAUCAAUGCACACAUCGUCUGAUCUGUGCAAGCUUUCAUCCAUGGGGACAGUCGAGGAUAGAGGCAGCAAUACUAACUCGACCGAAACAAGAGGAAAUAAGGUGGAUGGGAGAUCGAUGAGAGGGAAGAGAAAGAUGUUGCAAGCGCGAACGCCCAUUUUGAAGAAGUUAUCUAAGGACGAGAGAGCAAAAGCAAGAGAGAGAGCAAAGGAUAGAACAAAGGAGAAGUUGAUGAAGAGAAGAUCACAAGUAACUGUUUUGGAUGCAGAAGCUCAUAAUCAGCAUGAUGAGAUAGUAAAGAAUAAUAAAAGCCAUGUGAAUUGCAAGUCUUUUGAGGCUACGCCCUGCCAAGAAGAGACCGAAGAACUUCUUUGCAAGAACGAUGGUUUUGCAGUUUGCAAUGAAUUUGUGGUCAACAAAUUUAAUUCAUCAUUUCCAAUGCCUAAUCACCAUCGCAGCGAAGGGACAGUUAGCUCAAUAGAGCAGCGUCAGUUUAUGGAUCUUCAUCACUUCUUGGAGAGACCAAGAGACCUCAUGUACAACUACCAUAAUAUGUGAUCGAUUUUACCGUUAAUUUUUAUACUCUGAAUCUUAAGUUUAUAUGAAGGCUUCCUCCUUCAUUUUAGUGUCACAUAUUAAAUUGAUGUAAAAUAAUCAAUGUAUUUUGUAGUAUAAUACUUUAAUUCUAUAAACGCAUUUUGUUAUAAUAUAUGCGUGUUGAGUUUGUCGACUGUCGUUUGCUUUCAGGAAUACAAACAUUGAUAAGAUCACAAACAAAAAUUGCGAAAAUGGUGAAAAUGGUAAGUUAUUAUUCAUGAUUUAAUUCACUUUCACUUUCUACUGAUUCUCUUUAUGACUCCUGGACGUCAAUUAUAGUAUAGUGGAUUUACGCCGCAGUCAAAAACUUUAAAUGGCUUGUCAUGAAGUGAAGCUCUAUGCGUCUAAAUAUAUUUUCCAGAGAGGUUAUAUAUGAUCACUUUUUAAUACACUUUAGUUGUGAUUUUAAAUGAAGUGAAGCUAUAUUUUUUUUUCAUUUAACCAAUGCUAUAAAUAUAUAUAUAUACUAUAAUAAAACAUCUCCUCUGAUCGAUCAAAAUGUCUUGGGAGUAGUAAUUUACUUCCUUUUUUUCAUUUAACUUACUCAAUCCAAACAAAGGAUAUAUUAUGUCCCCAAACUAUAGUUUCGUAGACUGGUCAUAUAUAUAUAUAUAAUAAAAAUACCGAAUUUGAUAUAUAUAGUAGUUCUGGAUAGAACUUCAAAUAAAAACAACAACAGUACGAUAUCGAUUAUGAACCUGAUGUUCACACUGUUCUCUUAUUAGACUAUCUCUAAUGGUUUCCCUCAUUUUUUCUCUCAAAAUGAUGUAAACUCAAAAUGAGGUUGUGAUUUGCUCCAGUAGUUCCCCUCAUUUUCUCCCUCAAUUCUUAUUAUAUUCAUUUUCAACUUUUUAUUUAUUGCAAAUAACACCUUUUAUUUUAUAAUAUUUUAGACUAUACUCAUUUAUUUUUAUUUUUUAAAUUCUACAAUUUAACCAAACUUUAACUUAUAAAAAACAAAUAUUUAUUACAUUAAUAAAGUUACAUAACAACAUACAUAAUAGUAGAAUUUUACUUAAAUAAUACUAUUAUUAUAUUUUUUCCACUUUGUAUUAGUUAUGUAUCUCGAUGGUAUUGUUUUCUAUUUUAUUUUCUUUUAAUUAUAUAUUAUAAUUUAUAAAAUUAUAAGUUAUAUUUUAAAAAGUUUAAUCAGUAUAUACAUAUUGGAUAUAAAGUUAUAAAAGUUAUAUUUAAUGUUAAUGUUUUGUUUAUGCACAAAAUAAAGAUUGUCAAAAGUAAAAGACUAUUAUGUAAAUAAAAAAACUUGACAUCAAAAUGAGGUUGUGAAUAGUGUUCCCUCAAAUUUGAGGGAAUACUGUUCAUAUUCUCAUUUUUUUCCUCAAAAUGAAGUACUAUUGGAGAUGGAUUUCCUUUAUUUUUUUAUGUUUUCCCUCAUUUUGAUGCACAAUUGGAGAUGCUCUUAGCGUAAAAUUAUAUAUGUUGACACAAUAAGAAGUACAUAUAUUAUAAUACGCUUGUACCACUAAUGUUUUCAGUGUUCGUAUUCCAUUUGUAUGGUAAAAAAUUAAAAAUAUAUUAGUCACUCACCAUUUUAAUAGCCUCAGUAAGAAGUCGAUCACUUUGAUUUUAGCACCACUUGCGGAUGAUCAACUGUAUAUCGAUAAAACCUUGUGUGGUUGAGGUGGUUCUAGUCUUUGCGUAGAAAUGUUUUAUUAUCAGUUAACGCAGAUCCGAGCAGACCACACUCACCAAAUGGUACGGUAUACUUUUACAGACUACACUUGAAAUACAUAUUAGUUUCAUAGUUUGCUUUCCCUAUAUAUUAUUAGCUUGUGUUGUGUACCUUGGUUCUCCACUUUUCUUUGAUAAUUUGUCUUUUGGCUCCUAAACAAAAAAACACAACCAUAGGCACACUAAAAAGGAGAAAAACGAUUAAUAUAUCUACUAGAAUUCCAUCUACAACCUCAUAAAAUUUCGUCAUUUAUCAGAAAUAAAAUAUAUACUAAAAUACAUUCAAGCCUUGCUUACCGAGAUAUUAACUGUUAAUUGUACUAUAUAUAAGGUGGUGGAAAAACAAUACAUAGGAGACAUCUAUGGUAAUGAACGGAAAAAAUCGAAUAAGAUCAUGAUUAAACUAGAUAUCAUAAUUUCUUUUACAAUUUUGUAAAAUGAUAUGAUAUACGACAUGUUUGCAAUGAUUCAUAGUUGCAGCAAACACACAUGAUAAGUACAUUGCGAUGCCAAACAUAAAAGACAAUAUGGGAGAGUAGAUUUUGUGUGUUUUGUUUGGAAUGUAAAGUUUGAUUUAAUUGUAUUUGGUUCCUUGAUUAAAAUGUCACUAGUAAGUGGACUACAAUAAGAAGGGGUUAGAAGACCCAAACACAAGGUUCGGAUUUUAGGGAGGAAUAUGAAAAACAUUUUUUUUUUACUAAAAUGAAAUUCUGUGAAGUGACAAAGUAGGUUAAAAUAAAUGAGUGAAUAAAAAAUUGAAUCAGCUAAAAAUUACAUAAAGAAAAACAAAAGAAUAAUCUAUACUAUUAAAAGGGAAACAGUCCCAAAAAAUCUACUUAUGAAAGGUUGUUGGACCUAUUCACUAAACUUAACUAUUUUUUUGGUCUCACCCUAUAUUUCUCUAACUAUACACUAAUCAAUUACCUUAUAUUUCUCUAACUAUAAAAUAACAAAUGCUCUUAUUUAAUACUCAACUUAUUAUAAUACACCAAAGAUUUAUACAUCAAUAUUAUUAAUUCAGAAUCAUUGAUAUAUUUUACCCCUAUUUUUCCUUGGAAUAUUACUUUUUUGCGCCAUUAAACCUAUUAAAAAACAGAUUAUUUUAUAACUGAUUUAAUAAUCAUACAACCCACGAUCAUAUUUCUUUAACAAAAGCAGUUACUAUAAAAAUAUUUGGAUUUAUUGGUAAUUAAAGUCUGAACAAUACCAUAUUUUUAAUUCAUAUUAAAUGUUUUAUGACCCAAACUAACAUAAAACAUGAUGCAAGUGCGGUUAACAGAAAGUUAAAAACAUGAUACCAUUCGACGGUCAAAACAUAUUAACUUCCAAUUACGAUUAGAGAAAUACUUCACAGUACAACAACAAGCUUAAUUAUAUUUCAAAAUUAUAGCUUUUUCUUUGAAAACCUUCCUAGGUUAUUUUUGUGAUGAAAAUCUUUUACAACUGGGUUUAUUAGGAGAAAGGGUUUUGUAUAAAUAUUUUCUUAGGAAAUUAUAGCAUUUUUAGAAUGUUUUUUAUGUUUAAAUAAAAUAUAUUAUUUAUUUUUAACAUUUAUAGGUAACUCAACUAUACUCAACUUAAUAAUAAUUUUAUUUCUAAAACUCAAAAUUUAAUCUUAAUAUAGUCAUUAUAAAACCUAUAAACUAGAAUGUAUAACAUAAAAAAAUGUAGUUUAUUAAAUUUUAAAUCUUAGUAAAAUUUAUAUGAGAAAUUUAAUCAAAUUUUGAAAAAUAUUAUCAUGUUAUUUUAGAUUUUUACCAUGUCAUCUGGUAUAUAUUCACGAGUUAAUAUGAGUUUUAAAUUUUAAAGGAUUUUAAAUGAUGAAUUUUUAUUAAAUUGAAACUAGAUUAUAUAUGGUGACUGCGUUUACUGGUUUGACUGUGGAUACCACUUAUUGGUGUUUUGGUACCUUUUAGUGGAAAAUUAGACUGAAUGUUGAGGACUUAUUAAGAUUUUUUUUUUUAAUAUUUGAAAUUUUUUUUGAGUAAUUUGUUUUUAUUGGAUAAUUCAGCUUAUAAAUAGUAUAUUUAAGAUAUUUGGUUAUUUAGAAAUUACAUAUAAUUAAUAUUUGUAGGUAUAUAAUUUAUAUUUUAAAAAUUCAGAUAUCUAUUUAUCUUGGUUCUAGAUAUAUAUGAUAUGUUCGGUUAUUUAUAAAUUUUGGUUCAAGCUUGGUUUCAUUUUUUCAAUUUGGUACAUGUUGAUUAUUUGGUUCCGAAUAAUAUGGCCAAACUUAUAAACUAUCUUAUAUAUAAAUUUAUAUUAAAAAUUAUUAAAUUCAAAAAAUAAAUCCGCGCUUUCUAAGCGCGGAUCAAAAUCUAGUUUAUGUAUUAAAGUAGUUUAUAGUUUCCUAACAGUUUGUGAGACAUAGUCAGUGUAUAUAUAUGUCUUAUGUGUUUGUCUUGUAUAGUAGACCAAUAAAAAUAUGUCUAUGUUUAUUUAACUAAGAGUCAAAUAAGCAAAUGACAAUUACACAAAAUCAAUAUUUGAUUAAUCCGAUUUCACCUGUCAUUUUUAUGGAGAUCUAUUUUUAUGUAGUAUUAAUAUGACUAUCUAUUUCUAUAGGAUACUAAGUCCUAAUUAUAUCCACAUAUACAUUUUACUUAAUAAAAUACACAUGUCACGUAACAGUCAAACAAAAGGUAAAUUUAUUCAAAUUCAUCCAGAAAAACUAUUAGACAACCAAAGUUUCGUGCAGUAUUAUUUUUAAAUUUACAAACAGAAAUUUAAAGAGAAAAAAUAUAAUAUAUCUAAAGUCAUGUGAAGUGAAGUCCCAAACAUCAAAACACACAUGAUAAUGCCAAACAUAACAGACAAUAUGAAAGCCAUUUUGUGCUUUGUUUAGAACGUAAAACUUUUUUUUAGAACGAAUUAACAGAGGUCCCAAACCGAAGUGUCAAUAUACAGAAAGAUAUACGAAGAUAUAUUAAAAUGACUGAAAUAAAAUUUUAACGAAAUGACAAAUUAUGUUAAGUCAGUGACAAAAGGGUAAAACCAAUAAGUAUAAAACACAAAAGAGCAUUAUUUAUGUAUUAAAAUGACGUUAAAAAUAUUUUUUGAUACAAAGUCAGUGUAGAUAUCUUAGUUUAUAUUAUAUCAACAAAUAGACAAAAACAUAAAUUUGUUUAUACUACAUCAAUUCGUCUACCAUAGCAUAUGUCUAUGUUCCUAAAAUAAUGUGAAGUGCAAUGCCAAACAUAUAAAACACAAUGAGAAUUUUCUCAAGAAAAAACAAUGAGAAUAUAUACAGUUGUAAGUUGUUUAGACACCACUCAAAAAAA